AUGUCUGCAAACCAGGUUCUAUAUACGCCUCUCACAGAUGCCUUUGAUAUACCCACCAACAAAGACGUAGACGCGUCAGCCAUACCCGACCCACAAUCCAAAUGCACAUACUUGUGUGGGAACUCGCUGGGUCUCCUUCCCAAACCCGCGUCCGACCUUGUCCAACAGGAGCUGCGCGUAUGGGCCACACGUGCCGUCAUUGGUCACUUCUCGCAUCCAUAUGACCGUCCCUGGACCAAAUGCACAGACGAGGUAAACAUAUUGCUCGCAGAACUCAUAGGCGCAGAUGAAUCCGAAGUCGCCUGCAUGGGCACCCUGACGAGUAAUUUGCACCUAAUGAUGGACUCUUUCUACAAACCUACCUCCACUCGGUUCAAGAUCCUCUGCGAAGCCCAUGCUUUCCCCUCGGACCAGUAUGCUUUCCAGUCCCAAGUCCUCGCACAUGGUCUCGACCCGUCCACAGCUAUAAUCGAGCUGUCUCCUCGGCAGGGAGAAUAUACCCUUAGAGAAGAGGACAUUCUCGAAACCAUCGAAAAAGAAGGAGACUCUAUUGCACUCGUUCUCUUCAGUGGCAUUCAAUACUAUACUGGCCAAUGGUUCCCCAUGCAGUCCAUCACAAAGAAGGCUCAAGAUAAGGGUUGUAUCUGUGGCUGGGAUCUAGCUCAUGCCGUUGGGAAUGUUCCUCUCGAAUUACACAACUGGAACGUCGAUUUUGCCGCGUUCUGUACCUACAAAUAUGUCAAUUCAGGUCCCGGAGGCAUAGCCGGUUUGUUCAUCCACAAUAAAUGGCAUGAAACUGAACGUCCCAAAUUUGCAGGAUGGUGGGGACACGAGCUGUCCACGCGCUUCGCCAUGCCUCCUACGUUCUCACCGAUCAAAGGUGCGCAAGGGUUCCAGCAAUCGAACCCGUCCGCGCUUGCAGUCGCAGCGCUGCUCGGCUCCUUACGCGUCUUCAAGGCCGCAGGGAUGAUGCAGCCCAUCCGAGCACGCUCCCUCGAGCUCACCGGCGCGCUCGAAGCCCUGCUCAAGCGCUCCAAAUAUUAUAUCGACGCGACGCAGGCGCAAGCGUACAGGGGCAAAGCGGGAUUCACGAUCAUCACGCCUGAUGUGCCUUCGGCGCGUGGCGCGCAGCUGUCGCUGCUGUUCCUGCCAGUGGGAUCGGGCACGAUGCAAGCUGUGCACGGUUAUCUAUCGCAGAAUGGGGUUAUCGGAGACGAGAGGCAGCCUGACGUGAUCCGUCUGGCGCCUGCGCCCCUGUAUAAUACACUGAAAGACUGCGAACACGCGGCGGAGGUUCUCGAGAAUGCGCUCGCGGAGCUGCAAUAA